AUGACCAGACAAGGGCCUAGCAAUAUCUUCCCGUAUCCGGGCAAAGCGAAAAAAAUCUACCCUGACUAUUUUCCCUGGAAUGCCAAUGACAGUAUUCCUCCGACCACAGACGAGAUCCAGAAGGGCCUUGCGCCUCAUUCAGUGAUCAAAAAUGAGUACGCUUCAUGCGGGGGGCCUAAUUCAAUGGUGCCUUUGCUAAAACAUUGGACUGCGCUCCCGGCAAUUUCCUAUUUUCUUACCAGCAGUAUGCAUGUUAGAGAAGCAUCCCGCCGCAUCCACACACCCUCGACGUUCAAACCACCGCCAAGGGUCAUUCUAACCGAUCAAAAGCGUGAGUUGUGGCUUCGUGAUUUGAGCAAUCCCAAAGUUUCCCUGAGAAAGCUUGCUAGAACAAUCCCGCAUGGCAUUUCGGGCGGUAAGCUUCUAGAUGAGAUCUUUAGACACAGAGUCCCUGUUCUGCGGGCGCUGUGGUUCAUAAGAUGCGUUGGUGCAAACGAUUUCCGCACCAUAAAGCGCAAGGCUGGCCCCACAAGCUCGGUCGCUGGUGUUGAAGAUACCUGGAUGCGAUCUUGGACUCAAGAAGUCCUUGAUCACUUGGAGGCCACAAUUGAACUUUAUGAUCCAGAGGAUUUCCGGGAAUGGCAAUUAAAAAUAUCAUACCUUGCUAGACUUUUGGCAAACAUGUUUUAUGAAGAGCUACUUCACCGCCAAACUUUACUGGAUUGGCUACUCACUGCGCUGGCCAGUGGCCCCAACCAAUGGCUGCCAGUCGUGCUUUUGCUUGUGAGUGUCUUUUGGUUACCUCUGACUCAACCUGCUCUGGUUCAGCGGCUGGUCCGCUCGUUCGUUGCUCGCUACGAGCAGCUCAGUGAUGUUCGAGGAGUCCAGGGCCCACUCAACAACCAAUUCGUGCGCUUGUUCAAGUCGCGGCCCGAAGCAUUUAUCAUGCCCGAACAUUGGCCUUCUAUUGCCCGUUAUUUAACUCAAGUCGUUGCCCCAUCUUCAGUGCAGGCAAUCGCCAAGCGCAAUGCGAGAUUCACUAUCCAGACCCCCGUUGAUGUCCCCCCAGCAUGGGCAACCACCAUAAGCAUUGCUAGCUCGCUUGAUACUUUUGGCCUGCCAUACCCUGUCAGCCACCUGUGUCACGAGCUUAGGACCCGAGUAUCAUCUUCCGAGUUGGCCGAAGCCGUUUUCCAGUGGACGUUACGUCGUGGAGGCUCCAGAGCUCUUGUUCUUUGUAUAGCUAUCUGCCGACACCUUCGAUCAGGCGGAGCUAACCUCCAAGAAGUUUUCAUCAACGAGCUGCUGGCCAGUGCUGGCGAAUAUAGCGAGACUGUGGUGAUCAACCUUAUCACUGAAUGCUACAGGGCCAGAGUGUUUACGUUUGAAGUUUAUUUCCGCAGACUCAUGGGAUCCGGGGCUCUGUACCGUGAUAGUGCUUCGAGGCAAUGGCACCACAAGAUUCUCAACAAUCUUCCGUUCUCAUUGAUGCCGCGCCAUCUUCAUUCUCAGAGCCGUAUGCUUUUGCGCAAACACAGCCACCCCAAUGAUCGUGAUAUCGUUCGCCCUUUGGUAGAAGCAGUUGCUGAUCGACUCGAUACUACCUUGCCCCCGUUGGUGUUGUCUGAUUUGACCAAAAACCAACAAAUUUUGUUUUGCCAAGGGGUCUUUGAAGCAGCGGCUGCUCGUACACCACCGACUCUAGAUCAACUCAAACUGGCCGUAUCCGCAGUCGCGCCUCAUUGUAUUAUGGGUGUUUACAAGCUAGCAAGACUUGCAUGGCGGACCACAAAGUCUGCAGAAGUGGCCAAAUACUGCAUUUUCCUGUUCAAACAGAAUUUGUUUGAAUGCGUUUGCCUGGGUGUGCUGGAUAAUUUGGUGGAGGGUGUACUCGAUGUUCUCAAAGAGCCUCAUAUUGCCCAUUUGGACAUUGCAGAACUAUUAAGUUUCUUGCAAUGCCUUCGUGAUGUUAGCACCCACUCUUACGCCCUCCAGCGUUUAGACAAUAAUAUACGCCUUUUUGAUGAGCAGGAUUCUACAUUGUCCCCAGAGGAAACCCAGCCUCUUAGUCUUGAAGCUCAAGUUUCCCAGGCCAUGGAUCGUAAAGACGUGGCACUGUUGGCGGAAUUGCGAGAGCAUGAUGAAACCCUGGUCCAGACGCUUAUCCCCAAAUGGAUAGCCCAAGUCCGCAAUGAUCGUCUCCUACUGAUUAAAUGUGUCAUUUACGGUUGUGUGACAUAUUCUGAGCUCGAUGAAGCUUUAAACUAUGACGACGAUACAAUGUUUUUUUUGGCGCUCAAGCCUGCAGUGCGAAUGAAUCUUCUAGCAGACGAACUCGAGAGAGUGUACCACUGUCGUAAGCUGUAUUAUUCCACCGCGCCGAAAGAGCGCCUGCUGCGCCUUCAAGAACGGUACCCCAUCGACGAGGUUGCUCAGAUGCAGAGAACUUUAUCCAUGUACCCUGCCUUGUCGUUGACAAGGUUACCGUCUGACCUCAUUGCUGAAUUGCCGAUCAAGUACCCUAACUUGGUUAAGCUUUACUCGAAGGGAGUCGCCUUUGAUUUGGCGGGUGGAACGGUUGUUGAACGUUUUAUCAAGACAGUACAGGCCUCCAAUCCUUUUACGUUUCAUUUUUGUCGCAGUGCUCUGGCUAUUGUGUUUGCCGGUUUAAGUGCCAAAGAGAUUGCCCAAGUUGUUUUGGACGCUAUCAGAGAUGGAACAGACCUGGCUCCCUGUGCUUCGAGCCUCUUCAAUCAGUUUAGUGCUGAAGUGAAAGCUGAGUUACUCGCCGCAUGCGAACAAGAGUUUCUGACAGCGCCACUGCAACGGAACAGUCUACCUAGUCUGGCCACUAUUGUGGACUCUGUGGCGCUGUAUGCUCGUGAGACUCCCCAGUCCCCUCCCCCUGAUGUAUCAGAUUGUAUUGCUGCCGUUGUGGACAUGGCGAGCGCUGCGGAUGCGGUCGUUGACGACGUUCUUCGGGCCAUCUCGUUGCUGGUAAAAUUGACCCUUAUUCACACCCGUGAUGCAUCGCUUGACUACGCAGUUAGCCAAUGCAAAGUUGUGGCCGGGCUGAUUGAACUGAACCAUCUACCGCUAAUCUGUGCAAGCGUAGAGGCUUCUCAGCUCGUGUCUGACGCCCUAUAUAUUCUUCAGACCGACCACAGCACCGUGCUAAAAUUUUCUGACACCAUGCAAGAGACUGCUCCUCUCGAAGGCUUGAUGAUGUACUCUCGAAGCAGCGAUAUUUAUACACCGCUUAACGUCUGGCCCUUUGAUCUCAUUGAAGACGCAAAUCCAACCAUCGGCAUGAACGACUUGGCCCUGGAUCUUGCGCGUUUCGAAACUUAUAUCGAGAUCAAAGACCCCUCAUGA